AUGAGUGACUGCAAGGAACCAAGGGUGCAGCCGCUGGGCCUCCUGGAAGAAGAUCCGACAACCAGUGGCAUCAGACUUUUUCCAAGAGACUUUCAAUUCCAGCAGACACAUGGCCACAAGAGCUCUACAGGGUGUCUUGGCCAUGGCCCCCUGGUGCUGCAACUCCUCUCCUUCGCGCUUUUGGCUGGGGUCCUGGUGGCCAUCCUUGUCCAAGUGUACAAGGUCCCCAGCUCCCUAAGUCAGGAACAAUCCAAGCAAGACGUAAUCUACCAGAAUCUGACCCAGCUUAAAGCUGCAGUGGGUGAGCUCUCAGAGAAAUCCAAGCUGCAGGAGAUCUACCAGGAGCUGACCCGGCUGAAGGCUGCAGUGGGUGAGCUUCCAGAGAAAUCUAAGCAGCAGGAGAUCUACCAGGAGCUGACCCAGCUGAAGGCUUCAGUGGGUGAGCUUCCAGAGAAAUCUCAGCUGCAGGAGAUCUACCAGGAGCUGACCCGGCUGAAGGCUGCAGUGGGUGAGCUUCCAGAGGAAUCUAGGCUGCAGGAGAUCUACCAGGAGCUGACCCGGCUGAAGGCUGCAGUGGGUGAGCUUCCAGAGAAAUCUAGGCUGCAGGAGAUCUACCAGGAGCUGACCCAGCUGAAGGCUGCAGUGGGUGAGUUGCCAGAGAAAUCCAAGCUACAGGAGAUCUACCAGGAGCUGACCCGGCUGAAGGCUGCAGUGGGUGAGUUGCCAGACCAGUCCAAGCAGCAGCAAAUCUAUCAAGAACUGACCGAUUUGAAGACUGCAUUUGAACGCCUGUGCUGCCGCUGUCCCAAGGACUGGACAUUCUUCCAAGGAAACUGUUACUUCAUGUCUAACUCCCAGCGGAACUGGCACGACUCCGUCACCGCCUGCCAGGAAGUGGGGGCCCAGCUCGUCGUAAUCAAAAGUGCUGAGGAGCAGAACUUCCUGCAGCUGCAGACUUCCAGGAGUAACCGCUUCUCCUGGAUGGGACUUUCAGACCUAAAUCAGGAAGGCACGUGGCAAUGGGUGGACGGCUCACCUCUGUCAUCCAGCUUCCAGCGGUACUGGAACAGUGGAGAACCCAACAACAGCGGGGAUGAAGACUGUGCGGAAUUUAGUGGCAGUGGCUGGAACGACAAUCGAUGUAACGUCGACAAUUACUGGAUCUGCAAAAAGCCCAUAGCCUGCUUCAGAGACGAAUAG